GGACGCGCUCACCUGGGACUCUCUACCUGCCCCGGGGCCCCAGGGCACCAGGAUGAAGGACCGGCUGGAGCAGCUGAAGGCCAAACAGCUCACACAGGAUGAUGACACCGAUGAGGUCGAGAUUGCCAUCGACAACACGGCUUUUAUGGACGAGUUCUUCUCUGAGAUUGAGGAAACUCGGCUCAACAUUGACAAGAUCUCAGAGCAUGUGGAGGAGGCCAAGAAACUCUACAGUAUCAUUCUCUCUGCACCAAUUCCUGAGCCCAAAACCAAGGAUGACCUAGAACAGCUCACGACUGAGAUCAAGAAAAGGGCCAACAACGUCCGGAACAAACUGAAGAGCAUGGAGAAGCAUAUUGAAGAAGAUGAGAUCCGGUCAUCAGCAGAUCUUCGGAUUCGGAAAUCCCAGCACUCUGUCCUCUCCCGGAAGUUUGUGGAGGUGAUGACCAAAUACAACGAAGCUCAGGUGGACUUCCGUGAACGCAGCAAGGGGCGCAUCCAGCGGCAGCUCGAAAUUACCGGCAAGAAGACAACAGAUGAGGAGCUGGAGGAGAUGCUGGAGAGUGGCAACCCUGCCAUCUUCACCUCGGGGAUCAUUGACUCCCAGAUAUCCAAGCAAGCCCUUAGUGAGAUUGAGGGACGGCACAAGGACAUCGUAAGGCUGGAGAGCAGCAUCAAGGAGCUUCAUGAUAUGUUCAUGGACAUCGCCAUGCUGGUGGAGAAUCAGGGUGAGAUGUUAGAUAACAUAGAGCUGAAUGUCAUGCACACAGUGGACCACGUGGAGAAGGCGCGAGAUGAAACUAAAAAAGCUGUGAAAUACCAGAGCCAGGCCCGGAAGAAAUUUAUAAUUAUCAUUGUGGCAGUAGGUGUGUUGCUGGGCAUUUUAGCGUUGAUUAUUGGACUUUCUGUGGGGCUGAAAUAAGAGUGGCCUGAGAGGCUGCUGCACUGACAUAACCGGAUUUCACUCCAGCCUGGUGUGGCCACCCUUGUCUUCAGAUGGGAACGGAGUAUGAAUGGCCUUCCUGAGAGCGUGUUGGACCUGUUCCUUUGUUUCCUUGUAACCAUCCUUGGACCUGACUCAGCAAUCUAGCCCUGGAGGAAUCUAACCUACCUAGUGCAACCCUGAGUUCUCCUCAGAACCUUCUCCUGCCUCACCAGCUCUGAAGUUCCUUCCCUCCUGAACCUUGUGAACCAACCCAGCUUCUCUUUCCUCCUCCAAAUUAUGCCUCGCACCUUGGAAAGCCCAUCUGAGACCCUCUCAAGGUGCUAUGUUUUCUACCUCAUGGAGUUUUUUCUCCUAGAAAUUUGCAGUGUAUUUUGUGUGUGUAGGGGGACCAUCUUUAACAAAGCAGAGGGAUAAAGCUUGGAUCUGCGUCUUUUACCUGGCAGGAUGCCAAUCCUCAGCUUGUUGUUCCCAUGUCCUAAAAACAUGAGGGGUUGACAGAUGUCAUUUUGGUCUGAGAAGCUGACUUAUUUGAAAUUCAACCUUAAAUUAAGCUCUUAAUAUGUUUAGCUUGGGGGCCAACUUUGAUUUUUUUCUAUGUUGUGUUCUCUCUCAUGUUUACUCAAGGAGGGACCAUGAUGAUACAGCCAUCAUCUAAGGGCUACCAUUUGCAAAGGCUGAGGGUAUGGACUAUCUGUUUCCAUGUCUGAGUUUUGGAAACUAGCUGUUCAUUGCUAAUGAAUGAUACUUUGUGAAGCCAAUGCCGUGAGGCCAAAAAUGGGGAUUUUAAAUUGGGUCAGGGACAAGGUGCCAGAGUCUCAGAGGCUCUGGAAAUGUUUCAUGAGACUGGUAUUGAGUAUCCAGUCAUUCAUGUAUUCCAGAUAUAUUUUUAUAAUUGUUGAGAUGUAUGUACAUAUAUACAUGUGUCUCUCAGGAAGUAGAAAAUAAAAUCAGAAGACAUUAUGACCUCUAAAAAGUUACUUUGAGCUAGGCUAAAAAUUAGGUAAGGGAUAUUCACUUACCUGCAAAUAAAUUAUUGCAGAAAUGUAAUCUUCCCAUAUUAUCAAGAAACUUGUUUUCUGGAUGAGUACUGGGAGAAUCAAAUAAGAUCUUUGGAGGACUAAAGUGAUCCUCAUUAAGUUUUUAUGCUUAGCAGACAGCCAGUUUUAACACCUCUCCCUACCCCGUUGCCUAUGCUAGACUUGUUCUGGCCACACGCCACAGCAAGUUGAUAUUAUCCACAUGACUGAUGGGAUGUCCUAUCUUCAGGACUGAGUCAGUUGGGGAACACCCAGGACUAGAGAGUAUCUCUUCCUGUUUCCUGGUUAAUGAGCUUGGCAGGGUCUUUGUCUCCCUCGAUUCUUAUCAUGGAGGAAGCAAUGGCCAGGAAAUAUUAAAGCUGCUGUGACUGCUAACCCAGUGGAAGGCCCCUGAGAUUCCCUGCUGGUCUGUGCCAGUCUCCCUGAAUUUGGGUACCGGGUAUAGUUCAGCUUCAACUUUAAUGCUUUCUAGAAUAGGGUGAGCACCCUAGUCCAGGCACUGUCCAUUAGCUUCCUUUGCAAAGGCUACUCAUUCACAGUCCUCAUCCGGCACUCAGAGCCCAGGGAAUGUCCUUUUGUCCUUGGCUAUGACGUCUGUCGGUGGACUGGCUUCUCAGUCGGGGAGACAAACUAAUCACAGGCCUUUGCUGUCCUCUGAGAUUGAGGCCUGAAGCUUAUAGCUUGGAAUACAGAAUGUG